GUCACCACAAUCCUCCACAUAACGCAUCCAUCAUGCAACUCACUACUUCUCUCUCUCUCUUACUUGCCAGUCUCCCAUGGGCCGUUGCAAGUUCUAAAUGCGGUAAUUUCGCCUCGCCCAUCGAGGGUCUAACGCAAGGCGGCUACCGCCUCGCCCACUCGAUCGACAGCAAGAACUAUACGCUCCUCAACCAAGCCUUCACCGAUGAUGUGUACUACGACAGUUCUGCCCUGGCUCCGUACGGCGGAGUGGCGAAGGGGAAGCAAGCGGCCAUUGCAGCGAUCAAGGCUGCAUAUUACAGCGAAGGCGUGAAAAUGGAGCAUCUCGUCACAAAUCUCUUCGUGUUGGAGAUGCAGAGUGCGGAGCGGGCGAGGGUGGUUACUGACAUCACUUGGUCACAUUGGGACCCCGCGGCCUUGGAGGACAUUCAGAAGACGUUCCGGUUUUAUUACCAGUGUGACGAUAUUUGGGUUUGCCAGGGCGGGGGCUGGUCGUUGAAGUAUAGUGUUGUGAAGAAUAUGGGGCCCGGGGUGGAGGCUCCAUACAAGGCGCAGCUUCUCAAAUCGAAUUGAGAAAGGAGCGGAUUGAUGGGAUCCGGCGCUGGGAGCCACGGCAGCGUAGAGGAUGAUCUCGAUAAACAAUGAUAUAAGUAGAA